AGUUGUUAUAUGGCUUUUGUCUUAAGGAAACCACCCAUUACAGUAUGAUGAUGUCAAACGUGAUGCUGAUGCUACAGUUACAGACACAGCCCCUGCUGGCGCAGCCUCUCUGAUUUCCUCUCGCUCUCCGCGUCCAGCGCUGGGCUGUUACAGACAAGUGCAUCUCCUAACCAGGUCACAUUUCAUCCCGGACCUCCUUUCCGUCUCUCCCCGGAGUCAGACCGCAGGAGGAGGGCAGAGGGAGCGCUGCCCGCCGCCGAGGGGGAGGAAGACGUCCACACACUGCAGAAGCCGCGCACCCCAGACCCAGACGGAACCACGAUGCGCGCCCCGAGCUGCGGUCGGCUGGCGCUGCCCUUGCUGCUCCUCGCCGCGGCCGCCCUGGCCGAAGGCGACGCCAAGGGGCUUAAGGAGGGCGAGACCCCCGGCAAUUUCAUGGAGGAUGAGCAAUGGCUGUCGUCCAUCUCGCAGUACAGCGGCAAGAUCAAGCACUGGAACCGCUUCCGAGACGAGGUAGAGGAUGACUACAUCAAGAGCUGGGAGGACAAUCAGCAGGGAGAUGAAGCCCUGGACACAACGAAAGAUCCCUGCCAGAAGGUGAAAUGCAGCCGCCACAAAGUGUGCAUCGCGCAGGGCUACCAGCGGGCCAUGUGCAUCAGCCGCAAGAAGUUGGAGCACAGGAUCAAGCAGCCUACUCUGAAACUCCACGGGAACAAAGACACUGUGUGCAAGCCCUGUCACAUGGCCCAGCUCGCCUCUGUCUGCGGCUCCGAUGGUCACACUUACAGCUCAGUGUGUAAGUUGGAGCAGCAGGCAUGCCUGAGCAACAAGCAGCUUGCGGUGCGAUGCCAGGGUCCCUGCCCCUGCCCUACAGAGCAGCCCACCACCUCUGCCAGUGACGACAAAGCAGAGACCUGCACGGGCCAGGACCUGGCAGACUUGGGAGAUCGGCUGCGGGACUGGUUCCAGCUCCUUCAUGAGAACUCCAAGCAGAACGGCUCCACAGGCAGCGGAGUCAGUGCCAGCACCGGGCUGGACAAGAGUCUGGGGGCCAGCUGCAAGGACUCCAUUGGCUGGAUGUUCUCCAAGCUGGACACCAGCUCUGACCUCUUCCUGGACCAGACGGAACUGGCUGCCAUCAACCUGGACAAGUACGAGGUCUGCAUCCGCCCCUUCUUCAACUCCUGCGACACCUACAAGGAUGGCCGGGUCUCCACUGCCGAGUGGUGCUUCUGCUUCUGGAGGGAGAAGCCCCCCUGCCUGGCGGAGCUGGAGCGAAUUCAGAUCCAGGAGGCCGCCAAGAAAAAGCCAGGCAUCUUCAUCCCGAGCUGCGAUGAGGACGGCUACUAUAGGAAGAUGCAGUGUGACCAGAGUAGCGGUGACUGCUGGUGCGUGGACCAGCUGGGCCUGGAGCUGACCGGCAGCCGCACGCAUGGGAGUCCUGACUGCGAUGACAUUGUGGGCUUCUCAGGAGACUUCGGGAGUGGUGUUGGCUGGGAGGACGAGGAGGAGAAGGACACGGAGGAGGCCGGCGAGGAAGCUGAGGAGGAGGAAGGGGAGGCAGCCGAGGCCGAUGAUGGAGGCUACAUCUGGUAG